AUGUCUCACUUCCUUAAAACUAGCAGGAAGGUACUGGUGGCAGCGAUGCAGCUCGUCUUGUUCUUUCUCUUCAUCCCAAUCACAGUGUCUGAUGGGAUUUUUAAACUGGUUAACAGUUCUGUUCAACUGGAUGUACAGACAAAAGAUUAUGAGUUUGACGACUUCACAUGGUCAUUUAACAAAAGUAAAAACGUUGUGAAAUACUAUAAAAAUUAUCCAAGUAAAGUAUACCAAGAUUAUAAAAACAGAGUGGAGUUGAAUGAGAAAACCCAAAGUCUGACACUGAAGAACUUGCAGAAGACUGAUAGUGGACUCUAUGAAGCAAAGGCAUCUGGUGAACAAAACCAAAUUGUGGCCAAGUACCAAUUAACUGUGUUGGAUCCAGUGGAGAUACCAGUCCUGAAUGUUUCUCCCCAGCAAAGCAAUGGCAUCUGUAAUGUGACUCUCAGCUGUGAAGCUCAGAAACUCUCAGUCACCGCUCACUGCUACAAUGAUAGUUGUGAUAUGAAGAAAAACGAAACGACUGUAGAAGGGCUCCAUUCCCUCUCACUGUAUGUCAGUAAAAGCAUCAUUAUUUGUAAUCAUAGCAACCCAGUCAGCUGGAAAAAUACAACCAUAAAGAUGGAAGAAGUGAAAAAACAUUGCCCUUCUAAAGGUGACAAUCUUUCCCUAGGAGAUACAAAGUCAAAUAUGACUGUCAUCAUUGUCUCACUAUUGUUCGCCAUCAUCAUCAUCAUCAUCAUCAUCAUCAUCAUCAUCAUUUAUAUCUUCAUCUGGCGCAAGAAACUUAGGACGCCAGAUUCUGGCAACACAGUCUAUGAAGAAGUUAAGGUGACCUUUUGA